GGGGUAGGAGAAUCUCAAUCUGGGCCUCCUGUGGCAAGCUGCAAGCGCAAGCGACACGUGGGCCUCGAAUCUCAAGCAUAUCAUAGCCUAGGUCACGGUGCUUCAUUCCUUGAAGGUCCUUCUGCUCGCAUGCUCGCUCGCCCCUCAAGAGUUCAAAACCUACAUUAGGGCGCCUUCUGAUCACAGAUUUUGGUUGAUGCAUAUGGCAAUACAAUAGCAACACAAUUGCAUAUCUCAGCUCAGAGGCAAAAAGCGCCUGCUUUCAGCUCGAGGGCAUCUCAAACAAUAUCCAAUAUUUUGGGCAGCCCCCAAGCUCAGAUUGCAAGAAAUUCUCUCAACUACGGUACCCUUCUAAAUUGCACCGGAGCAGUUGUCAACCUUUUCACAGACUGCACGCCUGAGCCGACAUGGGUUGUUCCACCAGCAAGCCAGUCACCCAGCAGCAGCAGGGGGGCCUCCAAAGUUUAGGGAGAGAAGCAGAGUCCCUGGACCUGAAGAACCGGCGAGUGAAGCUGGUGCUCCUUGGAGACUCAGGCGUGGGGAAGAGCUGCAUAGUCCUGCGAUUUGUCAAGGGCCAGUUCGAUCCAAACAACAAGGUCACUGUAGGCGCUUCUUUCCUGUCCCAAACGUUGAAGCUCGGAGAAUCGACCAUCAAGUUUGAAAUUUGGGACACAGCCGGUCAAGAGCGGUACGCUUCCCUGGCUCCCCUCUAUUAUCGAGGAGCUUCAGCCGCUAUAGUAGCGUACGACAUAACGGCUCCGGAGUCCUUUCAAAAGGCGCAGUAUUGGGUAAAGGAGCUCCAAAAGCACGGGAGCCCGAACAUCGUGAUCGCACUUGUCGGAAACAAAGCGGACCUUGCGGACAAGCGUGCGCUGCAGCGAGAGGAGGCGGAGACGUAUGCAGAGAGCAACGGCAUGUUCUACAUCGAAACGUCAGCCAAGACGGCUGACAACAUCCAAGAGUUGUUUCAGAGCAUAGCGUCCAAACUACCUGGUGGUUCAUCAGGCUCCGCCGGAAAACAAACGCCUCAACCUCGUUAGCAACUUUUCUGUCCUUUUUGUACAUAGCAAGGCAGUCUUGGGUGAGUUAGUCGCAAGUGCUUAGGCAGCUUUGGUAAAUCAAAUCGUGUUGAGGACGUUUACUCCGAUUUAUCUGCUGUAUCGUAGUCUGUGAGAAGGCAGCGGGCUAAAGAGCCUUCCCAAUACUGAUCCGUUCCAAUGAUUUGAAGCGACAGUUUCCACCUUAGCAAGAGAUGGAUACCCACCAAAUCGAAAAGCUUCACCUCCCUGUAACCAACUCGAUGACAUGGGCUGUCCACUGUUUCCUGAAGGUAUACUUUGGCGACGUUGGUUGAGUUGGGAGGCUUGCAUGAUUAGCUUACCGUGUAACCAUGCAGGUCAAACCCCUUUCGAUUGAAACUAUCUUGGGGCCUAUGAGUACCUACAUGUCCACCUUUCAAAACAUGGAGUCGUAGGUGUAUUGGUGCUU